ACUUGGCUAGAAAGUAUAGUACAGAGUUCAGUUUUACAUUCUUAACUGAUAAGAAUAAGAAAUCGCUACUUCGCUAGUGCACUUUGCAGAGUUGAUUUGAGAGAUGUUUUCUUCUUUCGUCUAUAACAUGAGUGAAAAGUGUUAAAUUUUAUCCUUGUAAUGGUAAUAUAUGUUGUGUGAUCAUUCAAAUUACAUCACUUGUGGUAGCUGUUACCGAACGAAUACUUUGAAAUGACGAAGCGAGCUGCUUGGUCGGAGGAAGAGCUACGUGCAGCGUUAGACGAAAUAAAGGAAGGAAGUAGUAUACGUACUGCAGCCAUAAGACACAAUGUUCCGCGUAGUACAGUAAGGAAUCAUUUGAAGACAGGAGUAACAAAAAAGCGUAUGGGUAGAACACGUGUCUUGCAAAUGUAUCACGAAGAACAAUUGGUAUCAAGAAUUGUUCGUUUUGCUCAGACUGGAAUGUCGAUAACCAAUAACGUUAUAACAAGGAGCGUUUUUACUUUCUGCAAAGAAAACUAUAUCGAUAAUCCUUUCAAUAAAGACGUGGCUAAAGCCGGAAGAAAAUGGUUGAGAGACUUUCUGGACAGAAAUCCUGGCAUUGUUCCUAGAAAAGCUGUACCUUCAGUUUCAGCUGAAUCUGCGAAGAAAUUGAAUCGGGUAAUUGUACACGAUUACUUCGAAAGAUUGAAUGCAGCAAUGACUAAACUCGAUGUUCAUGAUAAGCCAGAAUGUGUCUAUAACUUGGACGUAAUGGACUGUCGAUUGACGCUACAUUGUCCUGCGAACAUUCCUCCUAAAGUACGUAAACUUGCCAAUUUACCUAGUAGCGGACAAGCGGAACAUUUGGUACUCAUCAACUGUGGAAACGCCUGCGGACAGAGCAUCCCUCCCUACGUACUAGUGAAGCAUAGACGUUAUCGUCCGAAAGACGAAUGGACUACGAAUUUACCCGCCGGAACGAAGUUUUGUGUGGCGCCGGACGGACGUAUGACCACUGAAGUAUUUGCCAGAUGGCUUCAGCAUUUUUCCAACCAUAGAGCCAACCAGCAAGGACCAGCUCUACUCAUUUUCGACAGUACGUUCUGCCAACUUGACGCUUGUAUCAUGACUGAGGCUGCUAAACAUAACUUAACGCUGAUAAGUUUACCAAUUAACUGUACGCGUGAUCUCCAACCUUUGCGCCAAGGAUUUUUUAACUCUUUUGAAAGUCUUUGGGACGCUAAUAUCUUGAAAUUCGCCGAAGAAAAUCCCGGUGUAAAAGUAACCUUGGCGAAUUUCAGCUCCAUUUUUAAACAUGUAUGGCAGGAAAGCAUGACGAUCUCAAAUUUGACCGAUGCAUUCGAAGAUACCGGUAUUUUUCCUUUUGAUGAGUCAGCCAUUCCGGAUGAAGCAUACAUUCCUGCACAUCUUACCGCCGAUACGGAUUUAGGUCCUCCUAUUGUAGACUGUCGUAUUCCUUUUGUAGACUGUAAUUCUCCUUUGGAAGACGACGAUGUUCCUUUUUCAGACGACUGCAGUGGUUCUUUCGUAAAUUCGACUGAUUAUUAUGAUACCAGUUGUUUUUCUCUAGAUCGUUUAUUAGAGCUUAUUUACAACGAUCAUACGUAUUCAUAGUUUGUUGUGCUACGCUUGCACACAAUAUCUCUUCUUUUCUUCGUUUUUUUCGAUGUUGUUCAAGUACAUACAUACCUACUGUUGAACUUUCCUAAAGAAAAUGAGUAAGAUGAUUUCAUUUUUGUUAAUUUUUAGUGAUUAAGGAAUUAAUAAUUUCAAAAAAUGUAUGUACAUACUCGUAUUUUCGCAGUCUCAUGUUUUUUUUUACCUAUUGUGAUAAUAAACACGUUUU